AGAAGGCGGUGGUCCGCCAUUUCGUGGACGCCUGGCAGGAGACGGUAUCUUGGGACCGGGGCGGAGAAGAGCGGAAGAACAGUUGGAAGGUGUGCGGAUUUAAGCCGCGGCGUCCCUAAUUCAAGAUCUCGAAAUGCAUCGUGAUUCCUGUCCCUUGGAUUGUAAGGUUUAUGUAGGUAAUCUGGGAAACAACGGUAACAAGACUGAAUUGGAACGAGCUUUUGGCUAUUAUGGACCACUCCGAAGUGUGUGGGUUGCUAGAAACCCUCCCGGCUUUGCUUUUGUUGAGUUUGAAGAUCCCCGAGAUGCAGCCGAUGCUGUCCGAGAGCUAGAUGGGAGAACACUAUGUGGCUGCCGAGUAAGAGUGGAACUGUCGAAUGGUGAAAAGAGAAGUCGAAAUCGUGGCCCACCUCCCUCUUGGGGUCGUCGCCCUCGAGAUGAUUAUCGGAGAAGAAGUCCUCCACCUCGUCGCAGAUCUCCAAGACGGAGAAGCUUCUCCCGCAGCCGGAGCAGGUCCCUUUCUAGAGAUAGGAGAAGAGAGAGAUCACUGUCUCGGGAGAGAAAUCACAAGCCGUCCCGAUCUUUCUCUAGGUCUCGUAGCCGAUCUAGGUCAAAUGAAAGGAAAUAGAAGACCAGUUUUCAAGAGGAGUGGUGUACAGGAAAUAACUUCAUUUGACAGGAGUAUGUACAGAAAAUUCAAGUUUUGUUUGAGACUUCAUAAGCUUGGUGCAUUCUUAAGAUGUUUUAGCUGUUCACCUUUGUCUUGGAAGAGUCACAUAAAGAUGUAAUUCUCUAUGGUUUGAAAUGGAUCAUAUGAGGCAUGUAAUACCAAGAAUUGUUACUUUACAAUGUCCCCUUAAGCAGAAUUGGUUUUGCUUUGAACUUUAGUCUUGCAUAGACUGAUAAUAAAUUUCUUAACUCCUCCCAGCUAGAGUGUGAUGUAUAGUAUUAUGGCAACUAAACUGGCAAAAACUGAACUGAAGACUUUGCAUAGCUGGGAUAUAACAUGCAGCAGUAGUAGAACAAGCAGCCUUCAGAAGCUGCCUGAACACAAGCCAGCAGGAAAAAUUAAAGCUGCACCCUUAAAUUAGAUUAGAGGUUUAAAAAAAUCCGACUAGUCUUUACACUGGGCAGAGAUUGUCCAGUUAGUAUAGAACCUAAGAAGUUUCAAGAAAGUUAGUUUACCUUUCUUUGCUUUAGGUCAUAAAUUUCUUAAUGUGAUUGCUGUAUAUGAAUACAUAGCUCUUUGUAACAUUAUUCAUUUGGAAAUUUGAAUUUGAGACUUCAAGAUACCAGUGUCCUGACAGUUUAAGGGUACAUUGUAGAGCUGAACCUUGAGUUACUGUGCAAAAGUUUUUUUCAUGCUGUCAUUUGUAAUAUGUUCUGUGAGAAUCCUUGGGAUUAAAGUUUUGGUUACAAAUUGUUGUUUAA